AGAACCAAGAAGCUUUAGGUUCAGAACCAGACGAUGUUUUCUGAAUAGGUGCAAGAGGCCAUGUCACCAAAAAUUCUAUCCCGAGAAGAAAGAAUGUCCUGCAACAGUCCACCUCCACCUUGAACUUGUCUGUCUGACCUACAGUACAACUCACCCCAUCAUACCCCUCUCAUACAUGUCCUGGACUACUCUGACGUACUACUGCCACUCCCAACAACAUCAUCCAGUACCACAGCUCCUCCCUCGGUCAUACGCCUUCUCUAAAUCUACAAAGACACAAUGCUGCUCUUUUUGACCAUGUCUGUACUUGUCCAUCAAAAUUCUAUUUAUUUAGCUCUCACAUUUUAAAUUAACAUUGUGUAAAUAAGUUUAUGAAGUAAGAAUGAAUUUAGGCUGAAGUAGGACUGAGACAAGAAUACAAGGAAGAAAAGAAAAAAAUAUAAAGGAAAAUUUUCGUCUGAAAUGUCAAUGUUAUAUGAACUAGAAGACGAAUUAAUCGGUUUAUUGUUAUUACAAUUUUUCGUAAAUUGAAAUGUGCCAUGUUUUCGAACGAAUCAGUACAUAUGAUAAUCUGACGCAAUAAGCUUAAAAGACAAUGGUGAAAAGUUUAAAUUACACCACAUUUUUUACUUUCGGUUAAGUGUAUUUUGAAACCGUUAAGCGGAAGUAAAACGUGUCCUUAUUCCGUUAGCUUCUCCAGCGGCCGGGCAGCAAAGCCGAGCCACAAACUUUGCCGAGUUUUUUCCGCAGAUUUUCUAAGCGUCGCAGUUUGAAUUAGCCAUUUUUUAUAAUUAUGUUACUUUUAUUUUCGGACAUCUUUGUUUUAUAGUCCACUGACAGGAGUUCAUGCUAGGCUUCAGUAGACGGAGACAGGGAGUCUCCGAGAGGCUAACAGAACUGCUGGGACAAGACCUAAACCAGAGACAACCACCCGGACCAGGACCCAGCGGAACCGCCUGCUGCUUGGUAUCUGUCAGCCGAGACUGAGCAGACGUCUUUAUCCGACUAAUGUUGUUAGUCGCUUUCUCUUUCAGAGCAUUUUCUUAAAACUUCGUAAUUGCGACGCGAACUUUCAUCAAAAUGGAUCCGGAAAGCAGCAGAUAACAGCGGCUUAGUACGGAGCAGAAGUUUGUCCAGGCUGUUGUCUUUUUCAACCUGAGCCGGAACCACUGUUAGUUCGCCAUUAAACUGUUCGUCAUGCCCGGAGACUCCGUCAACUUUAACCUUCUCCACCAGACCUGUAAACUGGUGGUGCUGCUGUGUCUGCUCCACAUCUCCGUCACUCUGGUCUUUUACGUCCGUUCAUUGGACAAAAGUGCUUCGUUCGUCCAGAACCAGCAGUCUGGUUAUACUGUCACACCACCGAACUAUGGCAGACCCGAACCCAAAGGCGGGAGAGAGGAGCCCGCGAUUGUUGAGCCAGAGCCGCAGAUUAAAGACGAACAGAAGUCCACGGAACCGGAGGUGGAGCCGCCCGCGAAGGCGCAAGAGAAAUGCCCAGAAACAUCACCUGUGCUCGUGGGUCCUCUGCGGGUGGAGUUCAACACUCCGGUGAAUCUGGAGCAGAUAAAAAGCGACAAUCCCAAUGUGCAGCAUGGUGGACGCUUCAAACCCAAAGAUUGUGAGGCGCUGCAGAAAGUUGCUAUCAUCAUCCCCUUUCGCAAUCGAGACGAGCACCUGAAGUACUGGCUGUACUACCUGCACCCCAUCCUGCAGAGGCAGCAGCUGGACUAUGGAGUCUACGUCAUCAACCAGGAUGGAGACCAGGUCUUCAACCGAGCCAAGCUGCUCAACAUUGGCUUCGCAGAGUCUCUGAAGGAGUACGACUACAACUGUUUCGUCUUCAGCGACGUCGACCUGAUCCCCAUGGACGACCGCAACACCUACAAGUGCUUCAGCCAGCCCCGGCACCUGUCUGUGUCCAUGGACAAGUUUGGCUUCAGGUUACCUUACAAUCAGUACUUUGGUGGCGUUUCUUCCCUGAGUAAAGAACAGUACUUGAAGAUCAACGGCUUCCCCAACAACUACUGGGGCUGGGGCGGAGAGGACGACGAUAUCUACAACAGGGUGGUGUCCAAAGGCAUGUCCAUCUCCAGACCCAGUGGGGAGGUGGGAAAGUGUCGAAUGAUCAAACACGACAGAGACAAACAGAACGACCCUAACCCUCAGAGGUUCGACCGGAUCUCCCACACCAGAGAGACGAUGCACAAAGAUGGGAUCAACUCUCUGUCCUAUAAAGUGGUGAAGGUAGACAAGUUUGACCUGUUCACCAAAAUAACAGUGGACGUGGGUAAACCGUGACGACCACCGGGACCAGAGACAAACUGUGACGACCGCUGGGACCAGAGACAAACACAGUUGCAACCUUUGACACUUGAAUCUCUCUGCUCUGGUCCAGACGAUUGGACUCGAUAGACUCUGCUGUUUCUUUGUUUUACAGACUGAAGGUUUGUGUUGUAUGUUUUCUCCUCGGGAACGUGAGAACUCCCCUCUGAUUGGAUGCUGCAACCAAUCAGCUGCCUCCACCUGAUGGGCAGAUGAAAUUGCUGCAACAAAUGCCGAACACAACUUCAGUCAGUGGAGCAAAUAUUGUGGCUGCUUGGGCUGAAUUGGUGACUUGUGGUUAAUUAGCUGUUUGGGUUUUGAUCUGGUCUGGGUUCUGGUUUUGAUAUGUUGAUCCUGGCUUUGUUCAGAUCUAGAACGCAAGGGAGCUAAAAUAAGUCAUAAAAUCUCACUGAGCUCUCAACCAUGUCUCCUGGACGUCCACAGCUCUGACCAGUGGGUCCAGUCCAGCAGCGCCCUGUUAGUUUACAGCUCAGGUGUCUGUGAUUCUGCAUCUUCACGGUGAACAUGUUCCAACGACUGCACAAAACCAGAUUUAGCAGCGCUUGAGCUGAGAGAAAAGACUCCGGCUCACCUGUUCAAAGACCAGGACACGAACCAGCUCUAAACCUGUGUGUGUACUUGUUUUUCCUGCAAUGUGUUUUCUAGGCUUGUGUUAGAACCAAAUUAAGUCCUGAGUCUAAAAGGUUCAGAGCUGCUGCUGACUAUCAUUGAUGAAUUGUAUGUUUUCUUAUCAGCUGUUGGCGCCAAAGACUUUAUUUAAACUUUUCAUUGUAAUUAUUAUUGACACCUUGGUCCAGUCUGGGUGAAACAAAUAUUAGCAGCCGUGUGUGCAUGUUUCUGUCUGCAGACCAAAAUAAUCUUCGUAGUUUUGUCUGAGUCACUUUUAAAUGUGCCUUAAAUGAGCCCAGUGUAAAUGCUGUGACUGGUUAAACCAGUGUGUAACAUGGAUGAUGAAAAUAAGUCACUGUUGUCAUCACUUAUCAGAUUGAGAUAUCUUCAGUAAGCACGUCAGAACCUGCUGUGACGUGGUUCUAGUCAUUUCCUGUCUAAAUGAACGCUAAAGAUCUGAA